ACGAUUCUAUGGCUCCAUAUGUGCGGCAACUUCCGCUUGUUCAAAUAAACUUCCGUUUGUGGAGGCAGCGGAGUGGAGUGUCUGAUUAGGAUGUGCGCAUUUUUCCCAACUAGUCGUGAAGCUAAAGGUUAAUGAUUAAAUUGAGAUUAAGAGAGGGCUACUAUGGAUGCCAGGAUUCCAUUACCAGUGGAACCCCUUCCCCACGAAACGGACGACAAGAGGAUAUGGAUAGGGAAUCUCGAUAACCGACUAACCGAGUUUCACCUUGUGAAGGUUCUGAAGAGGUACGGCAAUGUCAAGAAAUUCGACUUCCUGUUCCACAAAGCGGGGCCCCUGAAGGGGCAUCCCAGGGGCUACUGCUUUGUCACCUACGAGACCAAGCCGCAAGCCGAGCAUGCUCUGCAAUGCCUGCACGGCAAGCUGAUGCUCUCCAAGACACUGGUUGCCAAGUGGGCCAACAACGUUCCAACUGAGGACCUGACAGCAAGGAGACCUGCACCAUUACUUGGUGUAAAGAAGGAGCAGAAGCCAGUUGUUAAUGUGAACAGCCAGAUCAGUGCCAUUGAGGCCAAGCUGAAGGCGAUGGAAAGGGACAGAGACAGAGAUCUGGACCAUUGUCUCCUGGCCACAGUUCCCUCUCUGCCAUCCCAAGUGAUGAUGCCAAAGCCGAGCACAGCAGAAUGCCGAAGUCAGGCAAAACCCUACAGACGACAUCACAGGACAUCCAGAUGACCUUCUGAGAGAUGUCAUCCUUAGAUGCUUGGGUCACCAUACAAAACUGCAGACAACAUUGCUUGACUUCCAGAUGAUUUCCUGAAAGAUUUUCUCAUUGUAUAGUAUUUGUGAUUCUAGGAAAAAACACAUAAGACCUUGAGAAUAUCUGCGUGACUUCUUUGGAUGCCUCUGCAAGGUGCCAAGUAGCUCUACAAAGAAUGUUGCAGAGCACCAAGACUUCAGAUCCAACUCCAUUGAGUGCAUUACGGGACAUGGGUGUCCUUGCAGAAGAGAUCUUUAGAAAAAUAUCUGGAUGACAGAUAACAACUUGAACGAAAGCUAAAUGACCUUGUGAGGAUUUACAGGGUUGCUGAAACGAAAUCUUUAUUUCAGAAAACAAUGCGGAAGUGCUAAGCAAGGCGCUACAAACCCGAAAACAUAACUCACAAAGUGAUAUCUCCAAUGGAUGGUCACAUUUUUGUGAAAGACGAGCACACUUGAACAAGGCCAAAAAAGCCCGUGACAUUGCAAUUCUCGUUUCCUCUUUUUCUAGCAUUGACUCUGCGAGGACGCGAAGAGAGAAGGAAGCGAGGCCAUUCCCCCCUCCUCAACAAUUCUGCAGGAAACACGACGUCGCGAUUCUCACUCUUCGCAUCCUUACUUUACAAAAAUAUGGCCACCCUUUCGAGAUAUCGCUUUAUGAGUGGUGUUUUAGGGUUUGUGGCGCCCCUUGAGCACUCCUGCUGCCUUAUUUCGUGAAAUCUAAAUUUCGGUUCAGCAUCCCUUUAAGACUGCUCAGUAACACACCCUAGCAAAUAUACUAGAGAUUUCGUGCAAUGUUUGAAGGAGGUUACACUGAAGGCAUCUAGACGACUUUUAAGAUUCCAAGACUUCUUUGAUGGAAAUGAGAUUUGAGAAAAUAGACAGUUCAUGCAGAAGGUUCAUGCCUCAAAUCGUGGGCAGGUCUAGUGUGCUGGGAUAGAUCCUGAUGUGAACAGCUACGGUAAUUGCUCUCAAGACCACAAAGUACUUUGACGAUACUAUAUAAGGGCCCAAAUGUUCUAUAUGACCUCAUAAAAUGCCUAUUUGGGCAUCUAAGUAUAUUUUCAGGGUCUUUUAAGAUUUUAUUAUUGACAUCAUUUACUUUUGUCCACAGUUCCACCACUUUCUUGUGUGAUUUGUCUGUAUGUCGUGUGCACCGUGAUAAUCGAUAUGAUGGGAAAUCAUGACUUGCCUGUCUUUACUUAAAUGUGGGCAGAGUCUAACAAGACCCUGGUGCGAGACUCCUCUCGAGCAUUAUAUAUAUCUACGUCUGUUGUUGUAUAUCCCAAUUGAUUGUUCAAGUUUCCUAAGCUCAAAAGUUGAAUCUUUGUUAGAAACAUUACCAAAAAGUGCAUGCCAUUGUGCGUUCGCCCACAUUGUGCACUCUUGACCCGGUCUGAAGUUGUAGUAACUAUAGAUAUGUAAAUAUUUUACCAAAAAGCACCGAGGAUUCAAUAAAAUUUUGAACCCCCGCAUUCAAAACCUCCUGAAAAA